GGUAGGCGGUGGCUCGGCUGCGCGGAUAUAGCACCGUGACUCGCCCCGGACGCUCUUCGUCACCUCGUUUCACUUCACAAGCAUCAACCUCUCAGUGAACGCUCCCCCGCGGCAAGAUGUCAGUUUAAAGGCGUGCAGCGGCUCUCCUCGCAUCGGCAACAACCCGGCAGUGCAGCGGCUAAGUGCACUGGCUAUUUCUGGCAAAAUGGCGUCUCUCUUGGCAAACACCCCCAGCUUUGCUGCCCCCACCAGCAGAACCAAACCCCUCGACUCACUGACGUUGUCGGACCUGUCACUGCUUUCAUUCAGCGUCACACGGCCGACCGCGACCAUCAGCCGCAGCCAUGACCCUCUCCCCGCUGGCCGCGGAGGGCCUGUACUUAGGGCCCUCAUUUCUGACGGCUGACCCCAUGGGGCCCCUUCUGGACCACAAUGAAGAAGCUCUUUCUCCCUCCUCCUCUCUAGAGGGGAAGCCACCAGCUUUGCCCCCCCUCUCUUUCUACUCCCCUCCUCUGUCUCCCUCUCCCCCCCCCUCCUCAUUCCUGGAAACCAAGGCCGGAGCGGACUCCCCGUCCCUCCCCUGGCUGGGGGCCGGCGACCUGCUCGACGCCAGCCUUGGAGCGGACGACGCAAACGAUGAUGCGUUCGCGGGCAUGGACUGGAUGUCGGAGAAGAUCGACCUGAGCGGCUUCGACCUGGACUCCCUCAUGGGCUCAUGUGACGAGUGUCCCUCGUCCCCCGAGGACCUGCUGGCCUCCCUCGACUCCCACGUGGAUCUGGACGUCGACUCCUUCAACUCGCCUGUCUCCUCGCCACACGGCGGCCUGGACCUCGGCGUCCCACUCCCCUCUCUGGAGCUCGCCGAGGUGGCCCCCGACCAGCAGGAGCCUCCGGCCUUCGCCCUGGACCUGGGGAGUGAGGUGGACGUCCAGGACGCCGAGAAAACGCCGCCGCACCUCUCCGCCGCCAUCAUUCCAGAUCCCAGCGAGGUCCUCCUGACCAGCAGCCCCAUCGUGCUGUCUCUUCCCACCUCUGGCCACUUCGUAGUGGUCCUCACCAACCAGGAAGAGCCCCCCCUCGUCUCUAUUCCCGACCCCCCGGCCAUCGCCUCCCCAUCAAGCGACUGCGACAGCGACUCCGGUAUCGAGUCCGUUGGCGGCUCUCCUGCUCGCCUCCAGUCUCCGACCGCCGGGUCCUCCAGGACCAAACCCUACUCCAAACCAGAGCCCUCCUCCACCAAGACCCCCAAGGGCAGAUCUGUGUCCGGCGCUCCCAAGGUGGAGAAGAAGCUGAAGAAGAUGGAGCAGAACAAGACGGCGGCCACCCGCUACAGGCAGAAGAGGCGGGUGGAGCAGGACCUGCUGAACACGGAGUGCGAGGAGCUGGAGAAGAGGAACAGCGAGCUGUCGGACAAGGCCGACUCCAUCAGCAGAGAGAUCCAGUACCUGAAGGACCUGAUGGAGGAGGUCCGGAAGCGCCGCGUCAAGUCCAGCUCGGUGGCGUAGUGGACCAGAGACGCACUCGCCAUUUGAAGUGGUUUGUUUUGAAUGAAAGGCGCGUGAAGGUGGACGAAUGGAACCCACCAUGAACAGAAGAGUUAAAGGGUGUCUGCAAAGAAGCUCCUGGAAGUCGAUGAUGAUGAUGAUGAUGAUGAUGAAAUGAAGGGUGGUGCAUCUGUACAUCCUCCUCCCCAGUCUCACUGCAGUACACACUGCUGUAGACUCUUAACAACCCCCCCCCCCAGUAUCUGAUCCCAGAUCAGCUCUCAUGAAGUGACUCCUCCCUCUUACCAGAGUCACCUCCUCCUUCUUCUUCACAGCUUCACGUCCAGAAAGAGGCCUCAAAGUAUUGCUGACUCCUCGUGUUACGUGUUUUCUGUGUACAUAGUUCUUCCUCCUGUGUACUGGUAGUUUAUGUAACUGCAUCAAAACCUGAUGAUGUCAUCAGAAGCUCAGCUGUUUGACUUUGCUCUUUUUCUAAUAAAUAUAUCGGUACUGUGA